UUUCUAUUGUUGCAUAGCUAGAAUUGGAGUUGAACUUUCGCCCCUGCUGCUGAAGGCCAAGGCAGAAAGGGGAGAAGAGAAACUGUGUAAGUUUUUUUGUCUAAAGUCUCACAUCCACAUCCUUGAGGCAAAGGAGAGAGAGAAGAAUGAAACGAAGAAAGAAUGAUUCUUCAAAUAAGCACCCGAAUCUGUCUAGCGAAGAAGAAAAACAAGAAAAGAAAUCUCCAGAUUCUUCAAAGAAAGUAUUGGCGAUUUGUUUGGGAUUUCGAAUGCUCAACGCGCUCUUGAUUCAAACUUAUUUCAAUCCAGAUGAACACUGGCAAGCCCUCGAAGUUGCUCAUCGCAUCGCCUUUGGGUAUGGUCAUUUGACAUGGGAGUGGAAGAAGGGAAUUCGAAGCUACUUGCAUCCAAUGUUGUUCGCUCUCUUUUACAAAGUUAUCGCGUUUUUGGGUCUUGAUACACCGUGGUUCAUGAUGAAGGCCCCACGGCUGCUGCAAUCCAUAUUUUCUGCAGUUGGUGAUUUAUACUUGUAUAAACUUUCUCGUGUUCUGUUUGGUGAUGGUGUUGCAAAAUGGGCUGUAUCCUUGUCAUAUGUUAUAAGGUUUUAUGCUUUGCACUUGUUUGCAGUCAAGCUGUUUUCUGGUUGGCCUUUUAUGAUGGAUGAUGUACUUAACCAUUUUCAGUUAUUUUCUCAAUUGGCAAACUGGUUCAAUUUUUUCUGUUUCAAUCGUACAUUAUCAAAUAGUUUGGAGACUGUUCUUACCCUUGUUGGCCUUUACUACUGGCCAUGUAUGAGAAGUUCUUCGAACAAAGUCCCUUCAGAUUCAAGAAAGUGGGGUUUGGCUGUAGCUGCAUUAGCUUGUGCCAUUAGACCAACAAGUGCUAUUACAUGGGUGUAUGUUGGCCUACUUGAGUUGUACUUGACUCGUGCGCGGCUGAGAUUUAUUUUUAUGGAGUUGAUUCCUAUUGGGACUCUGGUGCUUGGAUUUAUGUGUUUGGUAGAUUGUCUAUUGUAUGGCUCCUGGGUCUUAGCACCACUUAAUUUUCUCAAGUUCAAUUUUCUUUCCUCUGGUGGAGAUUAUUAUGGAAAUCACAAGUGGCACUGGUACUUCACUCAGGGAUUUACAGUGAUGCUUUUCAGUUUUCUUCCAUUUUGUCUUGCUGGCAUUAUCAAGUCUAAAAAUUGGAAACUUUCUGGCCUUAUUGUGUGGGUUUUAGGACUAUACAGCAUACUUGGUCACAAAGAAUUCAGGUUUGUCCUCCCUGUGCUUCCCAUAAGUUUGAUAUUAUCUGGAUACUCAUUAGCUGCACUUGAAGAACAUGGUGCUCCAAAUAGUGAAAGGAAAGGACCUUCACACAUUCACAAGAAAUGGCCUUCAAAAAGGCAACUUGCUAUCUGCUUCUUGCUUGCAACCAAUAUUCCAAUGGCCCUCUAUAUGAGUUUAGUUCAUCAGAGAGGAACUGAGGAUGUGAUGAACUAUCUAUCUAAAGAAGCUGCGAGAGAGAAAGUGAAAAGUAUCCUUUUCCUAAUGCCCUGCCAUGCCACACCCUACUAUUCAACUCUGCAUCGCAACCUUCCCAUGCGUUUUUUGGAUUGCUCACCAAGUGAAGAGAAAGGAAUCCCUGAUGAAUCGGAUCGUUUCAUGAUGAAUCCUGUUGGUUUUGCAAUGGAUUUUGCAAAAACUUGGUCUUGCCCUAGUCAUAUUGUAUUGUUCGAUUCAGAGGAGAAGCAAUUAAGAAAUUUUCUAGUUUCGCAUUCUUUUAGAGAGGUUAGAAGGUUUUUCCAUGCUCACUUCAAGGUAGACCGAGAUCUUCAAGCAUCAGUCGUUGUAUACGCUACAAGUGGCAUGUGAAAGCUGUUUCUUACACGACCAGUUUUGUAAUUUAGCUCUUGAUCUCUCUGAAGAUUGUUUUCUUGCUCCUUUUGCCCUUUAAUGAUGUAAUUCAUUGUGUUUUUUUUUUUUUAUAAGCUAAAAAAAGUUGAAGUUUAACUUGAGAAACA